AAAAUUAGCCCGCAAAGAUGUGCAACAAAAUUACCGUUAUAACUUAUAUGUGAGUUUAAGCACUGGGGCCACAUGUUUGUGUCAUAUAUCAGUAUUUUGAGCAUUAAAUUCCGUUAAAUCUAAAGUGGAAAUUAUUCUUCUACACUCGGUCUUCCCAAUCAGCUUCUUCAACCUGAGACAGCAGCUAUAAUAUGGUAAAGGUGAGAUAUGCAUAGGGAAAACUUGGUUCCUUGGAAAGUUUCAAGCCAAAUGAUUCACAUAGAAGUCAUGCCAAACUUAGAAUUUGCAGAUAUAAAAUGUGAGCUCGAACAACCGAUCAGUGCAUAGACAAUUUUCUUCCAAGCCAUUUGGAUAGUUUGAACACACGAUCGUCUAUUUUCUACACAACAGGACAGUCCAGAAGCCCAAAAAUAUAGAAACAUUCAUGUCGCUGUCUAGUCUAGAAGACAGGGGCAUUGACAAAACCCAAAGAGAUAUAGUGGGUGCGUAGAUUAUAGAUAUGAGAUGCAAUUGGUAAGCGUACUCUCAGCAAGCACUAGCAGCUAGCUCUAAUGGCUCCCCAGAUCUCUUCUCUCGCUGCAUCCGCAGGAAUGUGCUUAGUUUCAGUUUUCACCAUAGCCUUGCUGACAAUCACCCUCUAUAUCCUCGGCGUUGUCACGUCGUUCGCCGUCUUCUGUAUCAGAGAGUUUGUCCAGAGCGUCCAGGACCGGCCACCGCUCGUCGGGACUGUGCUCCGUCAGCUCAAGAACUUCGAUAGGCUCUUCGACGAACAUGUGUCAUAUGCGCUUCUGCACCGCACCGGCAGGCUAGUCUAUCCCGGGCACAGUGAGGUCUUCACCUCUGACCCAGUUGUCAUCGAACAUUUCCUCAAAACCAACUUCAGCAAAUACAGUAAGGGGGCUUUCAACACUCAAGUAAUGAAGGAUCUCUUUGGGGAUGGAAUUUUUGCAACAGAUGGGGAGAAGUGGCGACACCAGAGGAAGUUAGCAAGCCACGAAUUCUCAACCAAAGUGCUACGUGACUUCAGCAGUGAUGUUUUCAGAAUGAAUGCUGCAAAACUGGCAGAGAAGAUCUCAUAUGCAACAGCUGAUAGAAUUACCAUAAACUUGCAGUCACUGCGGUGCAAAUUUUCUCAGGACCUUUUGAUGCGAACAACAAUGGAUUCAAUGUUCAAAGUUGGGCUUGGUUUCGAGCUUAACACGCUAUCUGGAUCAGAUGAGUCUAGCAUUCAAUUCAGCAAUGCGUUCGAUGAAGCAAGCUCUCUUGUUUACUAUCGCUAUGUUGAUCUGUUCUGGCAAGUAAAACGGCAUCUUAAUAUCGGAUCAGAAGCCAAACUCAAGAAGAGCAUUCAGGUAAUCGACGACUUCGUGAUGCAGUUGAUCCAUCAAAAGAGAGAGCAAAUGAAGAAUGGGCAUGAUCAUAAAGCCAGAGAGGACAUACUAUCAAGAUUCAUACUAGCAAGUGAGGAGGACCCUGAGACGAUGAAUGAUCGUUACCUGCGUGACAUAGUCCUCAGCUUCCUGAUUGCUGGGAAAGACACCACGGCAAAUACCCUUUCAUGGUUCUUCUACAUGCUCUGCAAGAACCCCGUGGUGCAGGAUAAGGUUGCCUAUGAAAUCGAGGAAUCUGUUGAGUGGGCGCAAGAAGAUAACAUGGAAACCUUCACUGCAAGAUUGGAACAAGGUGACAUUGACAAGAUGCACUACCUCCAUGCUACCUUAACCGAGACACUUCGGCUGUAUCCUGCUGUUCCAGUGGAUGGCAAGAUGGCAGAUGAAGAUGAUGUGCUACCUAAUGGCUAUAGAGUGAUAAAAGGGGAUGGAAUGAACUACAUGAUCUACGCCAUGGGAAGGAUGAAAUACCUUUGGGGUGAGGAUGCCGAAGAAUUCAGGCCUGAAAGAUGGCUUGCAAAUGGAGUAUUUCAGCAAGAAAGCCCUUACAAGUUUGUAUCUUUCAACGCAGGCCCCCGAAUCUGCUUGGGGAAAGAAUUUGCAUACAGGCAGAUGAAAAUCAUGGCUGCUACGCUGAUACAUUUCUUCAGGUUCAAACUGGAAGACGAAUCCAAGGGUCCAAUAUACAAAACAAUGUUUACCCUCCACAUGGAUAAAGGCCUUUAUCUAUUUGCACAACACCGUAAAAUUUCAGCUUGAAUAUCUCAACAAGCUACUAGAUCCUCUGUUGCUACACUGAAAUAUGUACAUUUCCAACAGAUACUCUUUACGACAAGUUGUAAAAAUAAUGUCAAAUGUUCGCAUAAGAACAACAAAGUAGCAACUAGCAAGGGUCAAUUUGGAGUGUAAAAGUAAGUCACAUAUGAGACAAUGUAUGCUCGUGCUGCCAUUCCGAAAGAA